AAACCCUACAUAACACUUUCCAGUCUUCUUUUUUUUUCUCAUCUCCAUUCACUGAUAUAUUCAUUGAUUUCCUCGACCUCUGCAUUUCUAAAGUUAAUUAAUUUGUUUACUUUUAAUUUUUCCAAUCUAAUGGAGACUAACUCUCAAACCCUCGAACUCACGGUAUUGUCGGCGGGAGAUCUCCGAAUUAACAACAGAAAUCUGAAAAAGAAUGCCUUCGUCGUCGUUUCGAUCGACCCCUUCAAAUAUCGGAUCACCAAGACUGACGCCCAAGGCGGAGGAUAUCCUACUUGGAACGAGAAGUUCGUCAUGGACUUGCCUGCAAGGGAGCGUUUCAUCAUCCUGGAAGUUAAAUGCAGUACUUCCUCCGGAGAUAGAAGGGUUGGGGGAUGCGACGGGGCAGCGAAACGGGAUAAUAAAUUUCUCGUUAAUAAUGCAACGGCGGCGGUGGGGAUGAGAAAAUUUCAAAUUGAUGGGACGGGGAACUUCAGUGGAGUUGUUAGGGGGAUUCCUGUUUGGAGUUCCAUAAAAAAUAGCUCUACUAUAUAUCAAGAGAGUGUUACAAAAUCAUCUUCAAACAAUCACAAUAACAGCAAGAGCAAAGGGAAAACAAGUAAUACAACAAGAAAAUGGAGAACAAAUGAGAAUGAAACAGGCACAGGUUCAGACAAUGAAACAUAUUACAGCGUCCACUUGAAGACACUUUAUGAGCCUUAGUGGAUUUCUGCCAUAGCUUUCCAAGGUAAAGAACAGAGGCACUGAAGAAACAAAGGUUCAUCUUAUUCUUUAGAAACGAAUCAAAUCAAAAUAAAUGAAAUGCAAAUCAACACAGUUUAAUUUGUGCUUCAUAAUCGCUACCUUUUCUUUUGAUGUAUGUCUUUUUUUCUCAUUCACAUUCUCUAUCUCUAACUACUCCUUGCAUUUUAGAAAGUGAAGCAUAUAAUCUUGUUCGCAUCUGCUUCAAGACAUGAAUCAAAACGAAAAAAAUGAACUGCUACAUGCAUUCUUGUAAACGUUUUCCUGGUAGUAAUAUGAGCAGUAUGACGAAAUAUGUCAGAAACAAGAAUGAAACAAAAUAAGUUAGAACAAAGCAACCUGAAGAAAAUGUAAUUAGUGUGAAGAAAAGAAAGAAUUUGGAGGACAAGGACUUACCAGCUUUAAUAAACACUGAAAUAUACUGAAUUCCAGCUCCAAUCAUUCUGUUUUCAUUGCAUUCCCCAUCACCUCCUAGAUAUUAGCAGAGUAAGAAGACAAGGAGUACAUCAGAAGCUCCCACUAAAAUAGAAUUACUAAGAAGCUAAACUUUGACUGCAAACCCCAAGUUAUCAAUUCAUAAGUAAUCUAUUAAGAACACAUGUAUUAAAAAGUAAGAGGACAAAGCACAAGUGAAUAAGAACAAAAGAGAGCUCAUUUUAUCCAAUUUGUGCCUUCAGUGUCUGUCAUCAUAAUCCCUUCUUUCACUAAGAGUCGAUUAUAUGUACAAGUAUAACCAAAUAAAAGAAAUUGGGAAAGUCCAUUAUAUGUAUAAGUAUAACCAAAUAAAAGAAAUUGGGGAAAGAAGAAAUGAACCCUUCAAAA